AUGACAUCGCACAUUGUAUGUACAGCAGCAAAUGCGCUCGAGCAUAAUCGGACCCGCAAUCAUGGCAUCCGUUCAAUACACGAAUUGUUGCGCUACAGAGCACUCAAGCAACCUAGCCUGCUCUGCGCGGGUUUCCCCGAGCUGGACGAGCAUGGCGUAUGGCAAUGCCUCAGUCUCACAUGCGAUCAGCUAUGGCGAUCAAGUGCAGCCGCUGGGCGAGCCUAUGAGGCCGCCGGCCUUGCGCUGAAAGAGCAGUCGGAGACGAUCGCUAUUCUCUCGCCAAGUUGUGCCGACUUUCUGGUCACGCUAUGUGCUCUGUGGCAGAAAGAUUGUGCUGUGCUACUCAUCGCGCCUCAAAACAGCCCAGAGGCUGUCGCCCACCUCUGUGCGACGACCGGUGCGACGCGUUUGAUCGCUCAUUCUUCACUAUCGAGCUUGGCCGAAGCUGCGCUUAGGACGAGCAUGUCCUGUACAACGCUUGCAAUGGUCGCAAGAGCGUCGUGGCACUCUGAUGCGACUUCGCACAUCGUCGUACCUGCACAAGGCCUGCCAGAGCUGCCCGACAAGAUCGCAUUGAUCAUGCACACGAGCGGUUCAACUGGCAUGCCAAAGCCUGUCGGCCACCCUCAUAGGGUCUGGACCAGCUGUCUUUCUGAUCAAGGGGAGGCGGAAGUGAAUCGUCAUGAUCCAUCGUAUACAAGUCUCGCUGCAUUGACGACUACGCCACUAUACCAUGGCGGCAUCUCGGACUGGCUAAGAGCCAUGGUGUCACGCGCGACCACUUACUUCUUCUCAUCAACAUACAGCAUUACAGCAGAUCAUCUGAUCGGCGCAGUCGCAUCUUGUCGAGAGAUACGCUCUUUUCUGACCGUGCCGUAUAUAUUGCGUCUGCUGUCUGAAAGCAAACCUGGCAUUGCGAUGCUCAAAGCCAUGGCUCUUGUCAGCACUGGCGGAGCUCCCCUUGACGAGAAGCUGGGAGACUCAUUGACAAGUCAGGGCGUUUAUCUCGUCAGUCGGCUAGGCUCGAGCGAAGCCGGCUUCCUGUUGACCUCGGAUCGCCUGAGCCCAGAGACGGAUCAGGCCUGGUCAUGGCUACGAAAUGAUACUGAGACCGGUAGACAGAUGUUACGCUUCGAGCCUGCAACUGAUGAGAGGUACGAGCUCGUGGUCGACGCUGCUUGGCCGCCGCUCGUCGUUCGAAACCGCAACGAUGGAAGGUACGCAACUGGCGAUCUGUACGAAAAGCAUGCUACGCUCGAUCAUGCAUGGCGCUACGCCGGUCGAGUGGACGAUCUACUUGUCUUGGAAAACGGCAAGAAGGUCGCUGCAGGCAGCAUUGAGUCCACAUUGACCAGGUCACAAGCAAUCAGCACAGCCGUCGUGUUCGGCGCACAUCGUUCUCAGAUCGGAGUCAUCGUUGAAAUGACUGGCACACGAGAAGAGGUCAUGAAGGUGAUUGAAGCCCACAAUAAGAGUAGUCCAAACUAUGCCCAAAUCUUGAAGUCUAUGAUCAUCUACACGAAUGGAGCAGAAAUACCGAAGUCGAGCAAAGGCACAGUCCUUCGGGGACGAGCUUUGCAGGAGUACGCCAGCCAGAUAGACUUAGCUUAUCAGCAAAGUGCCAAAGGCUCCCUGGGCAACACUAGAGAUUCCGAGCUCAGAAAGGCAAUUCGAGAUACAAUCAGGCUUGGACUUCCACCUCAGAUCAUGCUGACAAGCGAUGACGAAGACCUUUUCAAUCUUGGCGUCAGCUCGCUACAAGCCAUCCGAAUUCGGAACGAGCUACAGUCUCUUCUGCCGGCAGAUGCAAAGGCUUUGCCGUCAAACAUCGUCUACGAGCAGCCUUCGGUGGCGCGACUUUAUCAUUUGAUCACUGCGUUGAGGUCUGGCACGACGAUCGCGGUCGACGACCCUAUAGCGGAGAUGAAGUCGCUAGUCAAAAAGAUGCUUUUCACGUCCUCCACACCUCGAGAUAUUCGCAGUAGCAGACGUACAGUCUUACUCACUGGAGCUACGGGCGCCCUGGGCGCUCACAUUCUCACAUCGAGUCCGUGGGGAUCCGAUGUCGUCAUUGUUGCUUUGGUGCGGGCGGACGGUGAUGAGCAGGCAGCUGAACGAGUACGAACUAGCCUACAAAGACGAGGCCUCAGCAUCGAGGACGAGAGAUUCCCGCGGUGUUUAGCUGCGAACUACGCCAAACAAUCCUUUGGGCUACCGCGCCAAGUGUAUGUCGAUCUCGAGAACAGCGUCACUGAUAUCGUUCAUGCUGCAUGGUCCGUCAAUUUUAACGCAUCUCUCUCUAGCUUUGAAGACGAUCAUCUCGUCGGUAUACGCGAGCUACUCAAAUUCAGCUCGAUGACAUCGCACAGCGCCCGUCUCUACUUUUGCUCAAGCACUGCCUCAGUCAUACAGCAACCAAGUCCCAUCCUCGAGAAGCUGGACUAUCCUGCCGAGACGGCGGCACCGAUCGGCUACGCACGCUCCAAAUGGGUUGCAGAACAGCUCCUCUUCAGAGCGCGGUCUGAUCGGAUAUGUGUCCUGCGCGUUGGCCAGCUUUGCGGCGAUACGAAGCAUGGCAUAUGGAACAAAAGCGAAGGCUGGCCUCUGCUUAUUCUGUCGCAUCAGAUUACCGGCUGUCUGCCAGCGUUGGAUGAAACGAUCGACUGGCUGCCUGUCGAUUGGGCAGCUGCGGCAAUCUGGGACGUGACAGAAGCGGCAGUGGUUCCCAAGGUGGUGCAUAUUUGCAGUCCUGAUCGAUCAGUCAAAUGGUCAGACAUCCUUUCGCACCUUACUCGAGCGGGUCUCGAGUUUGACGUCGUCACUCCUCGAGAAUGGCUCGAUCGAAUGGAUCGUAGCAGCAUGGAUCUCGAGGUCAAUCCAAGUCGCAAGAUGCUCGAUCUCUGGCACAGAGCUGUAAGUUUGUUUGCUCGUCACCAUGUCAAUGCACUGAUUGGCACAAUAGUAUGGUGGCUCCCCGCCAGAAGCUACAAAGUUUGAUAUGGCCGUCGCACUUGCUCACAGUCGAACCUUG